AUGUUGCCUUCAAGAAUCGAAUGCAUGUUUGGUUUUUACGCUCAUCGGCAACAUUUUGAGGGACAAGAAUCAAGGCGAAUUCUUCAAUCGAGGAUAACGAGAUUCCAUCCUUGUGGUAGCUACAGGUAUAAGGCCUCGUACCUGUAUUCGUCCGGUGGACCGCGAUGUGUGUUCGAUUGUGGAUGGAGGGAGAUCAGGGAGGAGGUGGAAAAUGACUCGUGA